GGCUGGCGCUGACCCCGCCUGGGAGGCCUGGAUUGGCUGUCCCGCUGGCGCUGACGUCCGCCCGCAGAGCCCGGUGGCCGCGGAGGUAAACAGCCACGUGCGAGCCUGCACGCUAUAUUUAACAGCUGCGGCGGCCGUCAAAAGGCCGGGGCGUCUGGCAGCGCCCGCGGCUCCCGCCCGUCCUGGGGGAGCCCGGCUAGCACCGGCCUUCUCGGGGCCCCGGGGCGAGGUCACCAUGCCGGCUUCCCAGAGCCGGGCCCGCGCCCGGGACCGCAGCAACGUCCUCAACCGGGCCGAGUUCUUGUCCCUGAACCAGCCCCCCAAGGGGGCCCCGGAGCCCCGCUGCUCGGGCCGCAAGGCGCCGGGGCCCUCGGCGCAGCCCCCUCCGGCCGGCGACGGGGCCCGUGAGCGCCGCCAGUCGCAACAGCUGCCGGAGGAGGAUUGCAUGCAGCUGAACCCUUCCUUCAGGGGCAUCGCCUUCAACUCCCUGCUGGCCAUCGACAUCUGUAUGUCCAAACGCCUGGGCGUGUGCGCUGGCCGGGCUGCGUCCUGGGCCGGUGCCCGCUCCAUGGUCAAGCUCAUCGGCAUCACGGGCCACGGCAUCCCCUGGAUUGGGGGCACCAUCCUCUGCCUGGUGAAGAGCAGCACGCUGGCCGGCCAGGAGGUGCUGCUGAACUUGCUGCUGGCCCUGCUCCUGGACAUCAUGGCGGUGGCCGGCGUGCAGAAGCUCAUUAAACGCCGUGGGCCCUAUGAGACGAGCCCCAGCCUGCUGGACUAUCUCACCAUGGACGUGUACGCCUUCCCCGCCGGCCACGCCAGCCGCGCCGCCAUGGUGUCCAAGUUCUUCCUCAGCCACCUGGUGCUGGCCGUUCCUCUGCGCGUGCUGCUGGUACUCUGGGCCUUCUGCGUGGGCCUGUCACGCGUUAUGAUCGGACGGCACCACGUCACCGACGUCAUCUCAGGAUUCAUCAUCGGCUACUUCCACUUCCGCCUGGUGGAGCUGGUCUGGAUGUCCUCCAACACCUGCCAGAUGCUCAUCUCGGCCUGGUGAGCCUGCCACAGUGGUGCAGGAACAGGUGGGGACGGGGCGGGGCCAGCCCCUACUCACCUGCCCUCCUUCCCUGCCUCAGUGGUGCCCAGCCUCUUGCUCUUUGGUGGCCAGGGCCCACGGUGGGAACUUGGUUGCUUCGCUCCUGCUCUAGAAUGGGCAGGCGAGAAGCAAGGUGGUGCCAGGCGCUCCGGGUUGGCCUGUUCCUCCAUCGUCAUUUCAACCAAGUUUCUGGCUGUUCCCAUCCUGUCACAGCACGAUGCCCACCGUGACACCCCAGCCGCCAGCCACCCCAGCGGCUACCCGCCUCGCAAGGCGCCCAGCGGCGGCGAA